AUGGAAAGCAACAGCGAAAUCUGUGCCUUAGAUCGGAAUAUUGCAUCCAGUGUCAGUCAUCCCCAGUCCAAUGGCUCGAUUGAGCGAUUUCACGCCACUUUAUUGGAAAUGAUCAGAUCCCAUGUAUCCGAAAAUCCCGACGAACAUCCCUUCAAUAUUCUUCCCUAUGCUGUUCAGUGCUACAAUAGCACUAGAAAUAAAACUACUGGCUUUACACCAUACGAGCUCGUGUUUGGCCACACCUCUGGUCGUCCGCCCGAACACGUAUAUUUAGAAAAAGAAUUGAUGUCCAAGUAUGUUCGAGACAUUCGGAAUAAACUCGAAUAUUACUACAAAAUUGCCCGCGUGAGAACUGAAAAAGCAAAAAUUCGCUUUGAUAGUAGAGUGUCACCCAAUUUACAAUCAUAUAAAGUUGGCGAUAAAGUCUUUGUGAAACAGUCUCAAAUUUCAAACAAGCUUCAGAACAAAUUUGAUGGUCCAUUCGAAAUUACUCAAGUUUUUGAAAAUUCCGCGCUCCUUAAGAACCCGGAAACAAAUAGAAUAAGUAAAGUUAAUUUUGACAGACUGAAACCAUGUUUUGAGACUUAG